CUGUGUAAGGGACAUCCCGGGUUCCCCUGGCGCGCCCCUCUUUACCCCCUGACUCUCCCAGCAAGAGGGCGGAAAACCAAGGAAGUCCCAGCAGCAGGUUUUUUUUUUUUUCUCUUGAGAGCCCCAGGCUGGAGCUAGCGUGUGUUUGGAAAGAAAAGAAACAGGGCGUGGGAAAGGGGUUGUGGACAGAGAAGUGGGGUCAAGCUUAUCCAUUCACCCACUAGCUACAGGAUCUGGACUGGGAGGUGAAAAGAGUCACCUGCAGUGGGGGUUCUAACAACAUCUUGUUCCUGGCCACCUUCUUUUCCAUAGAAGCAAGGAUGGCAGGAGUUUCAGUUAACCAUUCACAGAGAAAAAUCCCCAAACUAUGCAUAUAAAGAUACAGCUUUAUAGCAAGAAUGUGACUCCCAUAGUAAUAAAGUCUAAGCCUUGGGAACUCAGGGGACUCCGUAUCUUUUCUUCAAGAAGGGAUAAUUUCACACUAAUAACAAAGAAUUGAGGAUCAUAGCCACACACAGUGCUGAGUUUUCGGUGGCACUUUGUUUCUCUCUCCAUAUUGCCUAAACAAUAGAAGGGACAUUCUGUCCAGGGAAGUGGGCACUUGACCCAUAUGUUAGAACCCUGAAAGAUGAAAGCAAAAAAAAAAAAAAAAAAAAAGCGGGACCAUUUCUCUGUGUCAUGUUUUUACAAAUUAACUCUACUCGAAGGAGGGAAGCCAGGCCUAGGUUCCAGCCCUGUGACUCUUGGUAGGCACAUUGUAAUCAGCAAGCUUCUGUCUCCACCACAGGUGGCUUGUCUGUUCAAUACAUGCUCAGGGUAAAGAGAUAACCGUGGUGAAUGCAGUAUCAGUGUGGUUCUUGCCCCACUUGACAUUUGUAUUGCCCGAGGAAGGAAGACGGUAGCAUAACACUUGGAAAAAUGGGCUGAAAACUUAGAAAGAGAAAUGACUUCUGUCUGGUGCCACAUUGCAGAUAGACCCACAGACAUUGUAGGUGUAGCAUCUGUGACUUGAAUGGACACUUCAGAGAAUAACAUGGGUUUGGGACAUUCUUUAAAUUAUAUUUCCUGUAGGGAGGUGGGGGUGGUGGUGGUGAACUGUUUUUUCCAGCUCAAGCUGGAGGAGACCAGUGACAUCCGGUCUAAGACCUUGGACCUCAGGAAGGGAAAUCAAACAGGUACCCAGGAAAAUGGAUGCUCGAAGAAAGCACUGGAAAGACAAUACGUUCACUCCUUUUUUAAACGAGCACGAUUUUCAGGAAGCUGCUGCUCCACCCCAGCCUCUCUCUGAACAGUCAUCAGCAGACAACCACAAGAGGAUGGGGAGAGUGUCUAACUUCUCCGUUAGGAACACUCAAGAAGGAAAUAAAUUCAAGAGGAAAGACUAUUCUUCCCAGAUAGCAGAAGGAGAACAAGAUUCAAAUUUAAGAGAGAGAAGAAUGAACGUGUCAAAGAAUGAUGCAAAUACCAAUUCUGCCUUCUGGGACUCUCUUCAUUUGGAUGAUGCAACGAAGGAAAGUUCACACAGAAGGGAGAGCGCCUCCGCGUGGAAUAAGAAGAAAUUGCCGGCCGCCACACAAGUCACCAGGAAGAAAUGGACAGAAGCAAUGCCUCCAAAACUCCGCCUACACCUUCUGAACGAAGAGCUGGGAGAACUCAGCCUGAAAUGCCGGGAGAUUGAACGGGACUUUGAAAACGCCGAAAAAGAACUUUUGAACUUUAGAAAGGAAGCCUCCGUGAAAGCUGUCAAUUUUCAAGAACCAGGGACAGGUGCUUCCAAGAAAGACCGGGAACUGCAAGCUUUAAAAAACGACCUGUCUGAAAAAGCGACAAACGUAAAAAACUUAACUGAAGAGCUCCAGCAAGCCAAAGAAGUCAUGUACAGGUUGAGCCUAGAGAACAGGAACUUGAAAGACGCUGUCAGGAAACUGAAGCAUCAAACUGAACUAAAUACUGCGCUCCUCAGAGAAGAAAUGAAGUUGUUUUACGAGCUGGAGAUGGAAAAGAUCCGCUUGGAGCUGGGUGCCAUCAAGAAUGAGCUGAGAGUCGAGAAGACCCUAAGGGUGAAGAACAGCAGGGCUCUGGAGGUGCUUGGAAGACACGUUGCUUCAGUGGUAAGGUCGUCAAAUCCUGCUGACCACUUUACUGGGAAUAUUUUUUAAACUUAAAAAACAAAAAGCCUUUCACUGGGAACGCUAUUGAGCCAAAUCAAUAUUUAUCGUACUAUAUAUAUUUGUGUACUGCUAAAAUGUAUUUGAAAGCGUGUAAUCUUUACUUCUGGUGAAUCAGAGCACCUACCAAUUAUGCAGAUGCUGACUUCAAAGCAGCUGUUUCUCUUUCUGAUGAAGGCAUUGUGAGACUCUGAAUGAGAAGUUCUAAAAUCUCUUUUGUAUGGGAUAUAUAUAUAUAUAUAUAUAUACACAAAACAACCAAACAACCCAAACUGAUUCACUAGAUCGUAGAUGACUGAAUGAGCAGCACUGUGUGACCUUGUUAGCCAUGUCCUUGGCACAUCAAUGUUUUCCCAUCUGUGGUAAUCAAUGUGAACAAUAAAAAAUCUGUUUACAUGUAUAAGCAUAAAA